CUCCCUUGAAUGCUCAUCCAAUGAAUUUUUGAAUGGGGUAAAAAAAAAAAAAUGUGUGACCUAAAAGGACCUAUUCAUAGCAAAAGAGCUCUUAAUAUUUGCUCUAUUAUAUUGUUCUCUCUCUCUCUCUCUCUCCUUCCUUCUCUACUCUCAGUCUCUCUUUUUUGUUGUUUCUUUGUUUCUGUAUUUCGAACACUAUGUUUGCUACACUUGAACUACCACUGAGAGAUGACAGCAGACAUAAACGUCUCAAGGUUGGACGUGCUUGCCACCCAUGCAGAAUGAAAAAAAUAAAGUGUGAUGGAAAACAGCCAUGUAUGCAGUGUAAAGCAAGAAGACGUAAAUGUAUGUAUCUGAAAAAUCCAGACGAAACCUACAUUCGACUUGAUCCGGUCAAUGAACCACAACCCGAUGUCUCGGCCAUAGCAGAGUCUUACUUACAAGACAUGAACGAUCAAUUAAAGAAACAGAGUAUUAAUGAUGACAACAAAAUAUUUGUUGCCGACAAACCAGACAAUUUAUUUGCUUGCCAUAAUGAAGAUCAUAUAUCCCCAUUAUCGAACCCAUCUUCGUCUCAACCAGCAACACGCCCUGAUAAAAUGAUUGAACAGCUCACAGAUGGGCUGGUUCGUUUGACAUUACACCACGAUACUUCGAAACUGGGCAAGGAAAAUGUAACACCUUGGCGUAGUUAUGGUGAAUUCAUCCGCUGGACACCUGAGCCACACUUGCCAAACUAUUAUACAUCGUCAAUUGAUAUGCCAUCACGGUCUACACAGGAACAUUUAAUCAAGGUAUUCUUUGAUGAAUGCUAUCACAUUCUACCUACUUUAUCAAGAUCUAUGUUUUAUGAUCAGCUUAAAGUGAAAGGACCACUUAUCACACCUCUUUUGCUAAAUAUCAUCUAUGCACAUGCGGCUAAACGUAUCAAUAAUCCCGCUUUCCGUUCAGAAUCCAAUGAUCCAUCCACUCAAGGCGACUUGUUUUAUAACCGUGCACGACGUCUGGUGGAUGAUUUUCUUGGUGUACCUCGUAUUUCAACUGUAAUUGCUUUACUUUACAUGGCUCUGUACGAUAGUGAUUGCAAGAAAAAUGGAGGUGCAAAAGUACGUUCCAGUCGUGCUUGGAUGUAUAGUGGCAUGGCUAUUCGAAUGUGCUUUGAACUAGGGCUACAUACAGCCAACUAUAGCAGUCAAAUGUCUCAAUUUGAUAUCGAACUACGUAAACGCGUACUUUGGACUUGCUUUGUGAUGGAUAAACUAGAGAGUUGUACAAUGGAAAGACCAUGGAUGAUCAAAUCAAAAGAUGUUGCACUUGAUUUUCCAACACCACUGCCAGAAGAUUCAAUUCAAGAACGACUUGUGCUAGAGGGUUUUAAUCAGUUGUGUAGGCUCAUGAUGUUGAUGGAAAAAGUGAUUCAUUUCUUUACUUACAACAUCAAGAGUUUGAGCUUAUGGACCAUGAAUGAAGAGAACCAAAUCCUACAGUUCUUAGACGCCAUUCAUCAAUGGAGAGAAAUGCUGCCAACUGAAUUAAAAUGGACUACACCAGCCACGAAUCCUGGCGUAGCACGUUAUCUUCCUCACAUACCUUCCUCAGCAGUGGUGUCUAACCUGCAUUUAGUAUGCUAUGAUUUAGAGUUAUCGCUUAUUAUGUGUUGUCGCUAUCAGGACGAGCAAUUGCAUCGAGAGCGUCGGCGUACUUUGGCCAAUACAAUCACACACAUUGUAUCACUUACAGUUCAACACCCACACCUUAUGUAUAAUUUUGCCAUUUCUACCUUUUCUAGUGUCUUUGCUGCUUUAACUCAUGCUACAGAUUUCGACAAUCCUCGACUGGACAUUGUAGAAGGGGCCAAGAUACAGUUUAGAAAGAGUUUAGAAGAUGUACGUAUGAUUGUCGAACGUAUUCCUAUGCGCGACCUGCACAAUUUUGCUCGAUUGGUGGACCUUACACUUCAACCGACUACAAACAAUAGUAGCCAUGUCAAUAUGGGUAGUAUAUCCAUACCUUCAACUUAUGCGUCUGCAUUCUCGGCUAUCAGUGAUCUCUGUCAUAAAGAUGGAGAGACCAGUGGCACAAUCACUCCCAAUACCAUGGAUCUGUAUGGUCAUCCAGAUGUGCUUGAAACCCGGUCUGGUUAUGGCUCUGUUUCUCCUGAGAGACGUGCAUCACCGUUCCAUAAUAACCUUAUGAUUUCAGGUCAAUUUGCAUUUGAUGCAUGCUAUCAACAACAAACUAGUUCACAUUCAUCACCCUCAGGAUCUGUGUCUGCAGCAGCAGUAGCAGCAGCAGCGGCAGCAGUGGGAGCAGUAGGCACUCCAAGUGCAUCUUCAUCCUCCAAUCCCACUAACAAGAGCAUUGAGCCUGCUGACUAUACAUUUGAGUUGAUAUCUGUGGGUGAUGAAUGGGCUCGAUCGCUCAUUUAUUAAAAACCUCUUUUUGUGUAAUUUAGACUCUCUCCCCCCUUUUGUAUAAACAUAUUUAAAUAACUCAGCAAGUAAAUAUAUAUCUCAUGCAAUAAACAGCUUCUUUUUCUAAAUAAAUUA